AUGAUAGCGAAUUCAACGAGAAACUCCCGCACUCUGGAGAUUAGCCUGAGCAAGAUCGGCAACAACAUCGCAGCCCAGAUAGAGAAAUUCAAGAAGGAGAUAGACUCGAAACUAAGAACGCAGAUGAAAGGCUUUGGAAAGACAAUCAUUGCUGGCGCAGUUAUAGACGAGCUCGAAUGGCGGGUGCCCACAGCUUCUCCAAUCUUCUACUUCUUCUUUCGCCAGGAGCCUACACUCGACAACAGCACUGCUGCUUAUCGCUCUCUGUUAAAACAGAUUCUCAACAAAUGCAAGCGCGAUGAAAUCUUUGACAAGUUCGCAUUUGGCAUAGGAUACUCCCCAUCAGGUCAACCCACUGGAACUCAGACCGAGCUUUUCGAGCUCACACAGUUGUGCGCAGAGCUCAUAGGCCCCCAUUACAUUGUACUGGAUGGAAUCGAUGAAUGCUCUGACAAGAAUGAGCUCAUAGUCGAUUUGACCAAAUUGGGCCCCAACUCGAAAUUAAUCCUGUUCAGCCGGCCCAACGUCAGAUUUCUGCGAGAGAAGACAACACAAGACCAGCAAAUCGACAUUGGAAGAUCAAAUACCGACGACAUCCAAAUGUUCUUGGAGCGGAGGCUCACAGAGCUUGCGCAGCGCGAUAUGCUCCUUGAGGGUGCGAACAUACAGAAGUACACUCUCCACUUAACCGAUGGUGCCGAUGGAAUGUUUCUAUGGGCCAAGUUGAUGACGGACUACCUCGAGUCGGAUGCAUGGAGUGACCAGGAUCGCCACGACACCAUUGUCGCCAUUGCUAUGCCCGAAAGACUUUCGGUGAUGUACUUGCGCAUCAUCAAGCUCAUUUGUCUAGGCCUGUCGCAUGAGAAAAAGAUGGCGAAGUGGAUCAUAAUGUGGUUAACGUUUUCACUACGCCCUUUGACAGCGUCAGAGCUGGAAGAGUCAGUCAAGCUACUCAACGAGAACUCACAGGCGAAACCCGGCCGACGAGAUUUCGCCAAGGCCGUGGUUAUGAUCUGCGCAUGCCUGGUCGAGAAAGCUACGCUCUAUGAUGAUUAUGGCAAAGAACAGGUUUACUUCCGCUUCAUUCACAGUACGGUCAAAGGAUACUUCGUCAAUCUCUUUACGGAGGCUGGAAUUUCGGAAUUACCAGGAGACAUCAGAAGCGAUGUUGCGUCGAUUGCGACGUCUACUCCUCACAUGGAGAUCUGUCGAAGUUGCCUACAGUAUAUGCUUUUUCACAUGCCGGCUCAAUCCUUGGGCGAAGCUUUGAAAAAUUCUGUGGAGUCACAGAUUACGGUUGAUGAUCUUGAAAUAGCCUUUCCUUUCAGUGGAUAUGUAACAGUACUGUGGACCAACCAUCUCCGGCGGACGAAGGACGAAUUGUUCGCUCGCAGCGGACCAGACUGUGUAAAUUCGGACAGUACGAGAAAUCUGUUUGACGUCUUGGCGCAAUUUCUAGCCAAGAACCCCGUUGUGCGAGUCUGGAUCGAAGUUACAUACACUAUGGGCCUGAACCACGACCGUAGUGUAGACGCAUUGAGGGCUUGGAGCGACGAUGUCAAGGCUAAAAGAGCCAAGUUUGGUGACUUCAACGCCAAAAUUACAUCCGUUCUCUCUACUGUAGAUGCACUCAUACAUUACUUACCUGAGCUGGACAAAUACUGGGGAUCACCUUUGAAAGACUGCCCAGGGCGCAUAUGGGCAUGGGAUGAAGUUCAUGCUUUCACACCAAGCCAGUUCUCCGAUAAAUCGUCAGCGACCGUGCAUUCCUUGUUUGCUGGUGAUCCUCAGCAAGCCGGAAUCACACUGAGCAAACGAUAUCUCUGCAAAAUUUCAGAAUCGACACCCAAAUUUGUCGGUACCUUAUCCGUCUGGAGCUCACUAGCAUUCGAGUCUUUGCAUGAUGGCAAGCCGCAAUUCUCUCAUUUCUUGAAAGACGAGAGCGUCACGGGAUGGAUGGCACGCUACGAGGUUUGGACAAUUGAUGGAUCGCCGAAGAGACUCCUCAUCAAAGACAUCUUCUUGGAAGCCUCAGAGGUUCGUCUGCAAUUGCUGCAAUCCCUUCGCGUAGAUACAGGAGUUUCAGUUCCGAGGUGGAAGGUUCAAUUCCCAGUCACUGUGGGUUCAGAUCUACAGCGGCUUACCAUACUUCGGACAGUCUAUUGGCUCGAGCCAUUGAAGGGUAAGAGCGAAGGUCGGUUGCGAUCAGCACUCCUUGAUCUAAGUUUAGAGCCCUACUCGACGGCAAAAUGGAAUGAGCUUUGCUACGACAGAGACCAGGCUUCAAGACAAAACAGCAUCGCGUUGUACACCUACUGGAUUAGAUUCAGCAAAGCGGGGGACUACAUCUUCUUCAUGGACCGAAAUAAUACCGCCGUCUUUUCAUUGCGCCCGGACGAAAACAAAGGGCCAAUGUUGACGGCGUUUGCUGGGGGCCAGAAUUUCGGCGACAAAGAUAAUGAGCCUCUGCGGCAGCUUGAUGUUCAGUUCCACCCUCAAAAGCCCCUGGUAGCUUAUCGGACAGGACGCAAAGUCUUCCUUUGGGUCUUUAAGAACUCUUAUUCGCAACCCAAGCUCUGCUACGAAACCCCUUCUGGGCACCUGUCAUUCCCAGAGCACAUCACGUUCACGAGCAACAGCGAGCAGCUUGUCAUCAAGGAGCAUAAUUGCGAGCUUCCAAUCGUUAUGUCUCUACCCAUAGAUAUCCUGAACGCGCUUGAGAAUGAGAAUGUGGUUUACAUGGAAGAAGACGAAGAUGAAGAAAGACAGAGUGGAAGCGUGCUUGCUGAACGGCCUACUCUGGAUCUUUGGAGUUUCAAAUCCGCAAGUCUUGAAUUGGUGUCAGGGGCAUACGUGCAGACACAGUCGUCCGGUGAAAGUCUUGGCUUUACGCCAUUUCACUCAAGAAACGAUGCCGGUGUCACUUUGUGGCAGAAUACCACAAACGGUUUCCAGCAACAAAGGUUCGAGAUCGUGAAGUUUCCUGCUUGGGAGGGUAUUUCGACCGUUUCGACCAGUGUGAAACUUCCAGAGCCAGGUCAUAGCGAUGUGACUCUCGUUUUGAACAAAGCUGUCCAAUCUGAUAAUUUCUUUGGAGAAGCCCAGCCCGAGCAUUUCCCCGCUUUAAUUAGGCGCGAAGUGACCAGUCUACGACCGCUCUCAGCGGAGGGGACUGAGGCUAAGUCUCAUGGAAAGAGGCUACAGAAAAGCGCCGAAGAACAACGGAAGAAGAGACCAAGGUUUGCCAGCAUCGGCGGGUAUCCUAGCACUGAUGGAUCCACCAGCGUUGAGGAGCUCAAUCUCAUGGAUGGAUCUGCCAACAUCUAA